UUUUGCCUGUGUGAAUUUUACAACAUCAUUGUACUGCUUGUCACUCUGUGCUGUGAUCACAGAAACCCGAGCAUAAUUUGCUGCAAAGAUUUGGACCAACAACUAAGGUGAUGGAGCGAACUAUCAAUCUGUCUUCAAACACCUGUGAUCUUAAUCUUCUGCUGAUCGGAAAAACCGGUUCAGGAGUAAGCGCUUCUGGAAACACUAUACUGGGUCUAAAUGUGUUUCAGUCUGGUCUGAGCCUGACCUCCAUUACUGACAGAUGCCAAAAACACACGGCAGAAGUGGCCAACAGAAGAGUUACAGUAAUUGACACUCCAAACUUCUUUAAUUCAAAUGACAUUGAUCUGAGUGUGGAGUUAAAGAGAGGACUGAACAUGUGCUCUCCAGGAAUAUACGCAAUCCUUCUGGUUCUUCCUUUACACACUUUCACUCAGCAAGAUGCAGACAUCAUGUUCUUCUUCAAGAAGAUGUUUGGAGAGAAGGCCAUGAAACACACUUUUGUCCUCUUCACCCAUGGAGACGAGCUUCAAAAUGAAUCACCUGAACAACUAAUAAGAGAAAACACAGAGUUGUCAAGACUAACAGAGGUGUGUGGAGGAAGAUUUCACCUGCUGAACAACAAAGAUCUGAACAACAGAGAGCAGGUCACCAAACUCCUUGUAAAGAUUGAACGAAUGGUGUCUGAAAAUGAGAAUAGCUGCUACACUUUACAAAUGUUUAAAGAUCAGUCACUCAGAGUGUUUUUGCAGAGUUUUGCUAAGCCAAAAUAUCUGUAUGCAGUGAUUGCUGUUAUUGUGUCUGCAGUGAUUUAUGUUAAUAUUUGGGCUAGUGGUGUCAAUCGAUUAAAUGUUUAAAUAAAUUAAUCACAUUUUUUUCUGAAAUUAAUUGCAAUUAAUCCUACCUAACAUUACAAUUUUUUAAUUAUACUUUUACAUUGCAAUGAUUUCACAAUCAAUCUUCAUAUUAAUG